CGCGGCUGUGACGCCACAGGUCGCGGCGAGACGCGCGGCUGAGCUGCGCCGCUCCCGGCCCGCGGCCAUGCCCAAGCGGGGCUAUCCCUUCGCGGACGCGGCCCCGCUACAGCUGAAGGUCCGGGUUGGCCAGAGGGAGCUGAGCCGCGGCGUAUGCGCCGAGCAGCACUCGCGGGAGAUCUUCGAGAAAACCAAGCAACUCCUUUUUCGAGGGGCCCAGGCCUACAUGGACCAUUUGUGGGAGGAGAGCUGUGCCAUCGUUGACCUGCCAGAGUCCCCGAAGCCUGGCCCCACAGAGGCCCUCCGGGCUGCACGUGGACAGAUGCUGAUCGGACAAGACGGCCGACUGACUAGGAGCCAAGCCCAGGCUGCUGAAGCUGACCUGUCCAGGGCAGCGACCGGAGCCUGCUCCUCGUGCGUGCGAGCGCUGGACGGGAAGGCGGUGUGUGGCCAGUGUGAGCGUGCCCUGUGCGGGCGGUGCGUGCACAUCUGCUGCAGCUGUGGGGCUGUGGCCUGCGGCCUGUGCGCCCUUGUGGACUGCGGUGACGUUCACGAGACGGUGCUCUGUGCCAGCUGUGCCAUGUUCGAGGCCUGAGGGCCAGAGCGGACGACCGCCCUCCCGGAUGGGCCGCACAGGUGCUGAUGCUGCAGAACGGGGGCGGGGGGUCUAGUUUAUAUUUUGUACUGAGGGCAGAAGUGAAUAAAUCCCUUUAUAUUUGGA